CAUUGAAAAUUGUACACAAAUACCAUGUAAACCAACGCUACAUGUCUUUAAACUUGAUGGUGGAACUAUGAAACCAUGAAAAGAGGGAGCGGAUGCAAAAUAUAGCCAUGUUGUCCAACCUAGUAUUCCUUUUGCCUCUCCUAAUCAGCUCUGUAGCCUCCGAAGAUACAAGCUUCACCUGCGUCGGGUUUAAAUCGGCAAAUCUAAGCUUAGACGGCAUAGCCGAAAUCACUUCUACAGGCCUUUUGAGGCUCACCGAUGACACCAGACAGCAAAAGGGUCAUGCUUUCUACCCCUCUCCAGUAAGCUUCAAGAAAUCGUCGAAUGGCACCGUUUCCUCCUUCUCUACGACCUUUGUAUUUGCUAUCAAUUCUGAAUAUCACACUUUGAGCGGUCAUGGAAUUGCUUUCGUGAUUGCUCCCACAAGAGGGCUCCCAGGAGCUCUGCCAAGCCAGUACCUUGGCCUUUUCAGUGGUAGAAACAAUGGUAAUGCCACCAAUCAUGUUGUCGCCAUAGAGCUCGAUACCAUCCAGAACGACGAGUUUGCUGACAUCAAUGAUAACCAUGUUGGGAUUGAUAUAAAUGGGUUGAAGUCCGAGAAAUCUGCUGGCGUAGGAUAUUAUGCUGAUGGCAAUGGGGAGUUUAGGACUCUGAGCCUUAUAAGUGGCGAGCGAAUGCAAGUUUGGGUGGAAUAUGAUGGUGUCGAGAAGCAAAUCAAUGUUACUUUAGCUCCACUUAAUGUCGGUAAACCCAAAAUUCCGCUAUUGUCUUUGUCCCGCGAUCUUUCACCUAUCAUUGGCAACAACAUGUAUGUCGGCUUGUCGUCCUCAACUGGUUCACUCAUGACAGCCCAUUAUGUUUUGGGUUGGAGCUUUAAGAUGAAUGGCCAGGCUCCAGAACUUCUCAUCUCUCAACUUCCCAAGCUGCCUCCGAUAUCAGGAGGUAUAGAGAGAUCCAAAUUUUUGACAAUUGGGUUGCCUGUGAUAAUUGUUAGUUUAGUCUUGGUAGCAAUUUCAGGCGUAGUUUAUGUCAUAAGAAGGAAGAGGAAGUUUGAAGAAUUGCUGGAAGACUGGGAGCUUGACUAUGGGCCUCAGAGAUUCAAAUACAAAGAUCUUUUUGUUGCCACGAAAGGAUUUAGGGAGAAAGAGCUAUUGGGUAGGGGUGGAUUUGGUAUGGUAUAUAGAGGUGUACUACCUACCUCCAAAAUUGAGAUUGCCGUGAAGAGGAUCUCCCAUGAAUCUCGGCAGGGAAUGAGAGAAUUUGUUGCAGAAAUUGUUAGUAUGGGUCGGCUUCGUCACAGGAAUUUAGUACCACUCUUGGGGUAUUGCCGACGAAAGAGAGAGUUGCUUUUGGUGUAUGACUACAUGCCCAGUGGCAGCCUAGACAAGUACCUCUUUCACCAACCUAAGCUCACUCUGGGCUGGAGCCAGAGAUUUGAAAUCAUAAAAGGUGUGGCAUCGGGGCUGUUUUAUCUACACGAAGGAUGGGAGCAAGUUGUUGUUCACAGAGAUGUCAAGGCUAGUAAUGUCAUGCUAGAUGGUGAACUGAAUGCUAAAUUAGGAGACUUCGGUCUUGCAAGGUUUUAUGACCGUGGAAGUGACCCUCAAACGACCAAUGUGGUUGGAACCAUUGGGUAUAUUGCGCCAGAGCAUAGUCGAAGCGGCAUGGCCACAACAAGCACCGAUGUGUUUGCCUUCGGGGCGUUUUUGCUUGAGGUUGCUUGUGGAAGAAGACCAAUAGAGCCGCGGUGGCGAACAGAGGAUGUCAUUUUGGUUGAUUGGGUGUUUUCUCAAUGGAAUGGAGGCGAAAUUCUCAAGGCAAGUGAUUCAAAUUUGGGUACAGAUUAUGUAGCAGAGGAAGUAGAGUUGGUAUUAAAACUUGGGUUGAUGUGCUCUAGUUCAGAGGCUUCUGCCCGGCCAAGCAUGCGGCAAGUUGUGGAGUUCUUGGAGGGGGAUGUUCCUCUUCCGGAGUUACCAUCGGCUGGUAUUUGUGCCAGCGGCUUAACGUUUGCCAUGUCUUCCUCGGCGGCUCCGAUGGAUAAGGUCUUCACGCAUUUGUCUUCCGUUGAAGAGUCGGUUCUCUCGGGAGGUCGUUGAUUCUUUAAGUUUUUGUUUUUUGUUACCCAUUGUGAAUUUGAGAGUUUGUUUGUGUUACAGUAGUCUCCAAAUGUUCAGACAGCAAUAGGCAGACGAAAGAGAAAAAAAAAUUUUAUAUUAAAAUAAUACUAAGAAAUUACUUUUACUUUCCUAGAGGGUAAAACUUUUAGUUUAUUUGAUGUUUUAUUAGUUUAGGAACAACAAUGAAUAUCAAUCAAUAGGUUUUUUAAGA